ACAUAAUUCAUGUGUCAAUCUUAUAUGGUUGCCUCUUGAAGUCGGUCAAUCGAUCGGUUAGGUUGCAUUAAGAUGCAUGCACGAAAUCAGUCAAGAUGUUCGAUUUUGCGAAUUACAUUUUUAUUCAGUAUUACGGAUGACAUCACAAUUGAACUUCGAUAUUUAUGCGAAUAUACAUACGUUCAGGAACGUAUAUGCAUAUUUAUUUAAUCAUGUCACGAAACAGAUUGCGUCAGUUGAAUAAGCUUGUGUUAAUUACUCCCAGUAUCGAAAUUUAAAAAUUCCGAUAUGCUUUUAUCAUAGUAUCAUUAGCCAAAUAUUGUGUUUCAAAGUCUUAGAGAUGAUUUCCAGAUGUUUUAAGUCCCGAUUUUAGACAUUGUGUUGUGUGGGAAGAUUUAUCCAAUAAUAUACGCAAAUCAAGUCUCUCGUUGAAUUCAACAAUCGUUCUGUUGUAUUAAAUAGUCGUUUAAUUUAUCAGUAAACUCUCUACCAGAGAGGAGAGAGAGGAGAGGAUUGACAUCAUAUUGUUAUAUACUGAUCAUUACUAUACUGAUUUUCCAGACAAUGCAAAACAUCAUAGAAACAUCAUAGCAUCCUGAAUGCGUCCUAAAUACAUCCAGAGAUGCGUUGUCAGAACACUUUAUGUAGGACAUUAGUUUAGUUUUUAUUAUCCUGAUAUCACAAAUGAAAAAUCGACACGAUUUUUUAUUUAAUUGGCACAAACAAUGCCAACUAUAGAAAAAAAAAACUAUCAAACAUUUUUAAAUUCAAUUCGUGCAUAUCGGUAACUAUGUUCUUGCAGAUACGUGCGUACAAAUUGAGUGUGGAUAAAUGUUGCAUAUGCGACAAGUGAAUCCAUAAAGAAACAUAUUCCUCGUGACGCACUAUUUGCCGCUUUUAUCGUAUCGGAUUGAUGUGCGUAUACAGACAGCACUUACUUCUUUGAAUAUAUUUAUACGCAUUUUUCGCAAUCGCGAUAAUAUCGCCGACCUAAUAUAAAUCGGCGAUCGAUUGCUGAAAUCGCGAAGCGAAUGAAUUGGAGAAGGUUGUAGUUUCUAAGAAACAAACACUUUUUUUCUGUAAUCUUUUUCUUCUUAGCUCGUGUUACAUCUUCGGAUCCGGGUUGAGAGCGCGUAGAAAUACUAUUGGUGCGUCACACGAUCCGAAUGCGUGUUGCGCGUAUGUGUGCGUGCGUGCGUGACGCGCGUGUAAAUGCGUCGGCGAUGUCUUUUCUCCUUUUCUUCUUCCUUUUCUUUCUCUUUUCUCUCGAAUUCGCGUGUGGCGGCAUGUAUCGCAGCCGUCUGUUGGACGCCGGCCUAUCGCUAUCGUGUCUCCUCCUAUUUCUCCUUCUCUUCCUCUUCUUUUGCUCCCUCCCUGCAUUCUCGUUGUCUAUUUUUUGGUCGCACUCUCUUCUCCUCACUUUGUUCAGUAUCAAGUUCGUGCAUUAGCGCGUUCUCUCUUGAUUCGCCACAACUUUCAAGCUCUCGCCCUGCGAGAACAUCGGUCUUCUCUUUAGUUUACGUCCGACUACGCGAUCGGUCGGUCCGUUGAUUUUGGAGAGGUGAUCAGUUCUUUUACCUCUUCUUCUUUCGCCUUUCUUCGAUUCACUCUCUUUUACGCUGCCUCCCCUCCCUGACACUGCCGUCGUCGUCAUCGUAGCCUUCUGGAAUCUUUACUGCCGCAUUCUGAAGUCGGCAUUUUUUGGAGAACUCCGCGAUAUUCGUCGAGGCAUAUGACGAAUUACACGCCGCCACGCUCGCAGAGAAUCGUCCAAACUGGUAAUCUCUCAGUUCACAAAUAUCUCUUACGUCGACGAAGUUAAUCGGCGGUAAUCAUCGUCGAUAACGAUGACGAUCGACGGCGAGGCCGGCGGGCCGGAGGACGCCGGUGACGGCUUCGUUCCGGGCACUAAUGUCGCGACAAUGAUUUACGCGAUCGAUCGCGUCGAGUCGACCAGCUCCGAGGAGCCGGCUGUCGCGGCGAGCUACGUUCAUCGGGCCGCCGACGACGACACUUCCGGUUUGGGCGAGACUGAGGUCAACCCCCUGCUGGCCGGUACCGACGGACAGAGCGCGACGAUCGAUGCGUCGAUCGGCAAGCCGAGAAGAACGGACAAAGUAGUAGAGGCGCGGACAGUGCGGACGAUGGACAACAACAAGAGCCAAUGCCCGAGCGGGCCCGACGAGGGUGCAAACGAGCUCACCACGUCGACCAGCAGGACGACGACUGCGGGACCGCCGGACGGCGGACUGAGGGCUUGGAUGAUCAUGGUCGGCAGCUUCGCGAUCAACGGCAUGCUCUUCAGCAUCAUCAAUACCUACUCUCUCAUCUAUAUGGAGCUGCAGAGGCGACUGACGGAGGCUGGCGAGAGUGAGGUGUCUUCUAAAGCAGCCUUGGUGGGUUCGCUGACUAUCGGAACUACAUUCUUCCUAUCACCGGUCGUCGGUAUACUCACAGAUAAGUUCGGCAUCCAAAUAACUACCUUCGUAGGAGGUGCGAUCGCGUCCGGCGGAUUGCUUCUUUCCUCGAUGCUUACGGACAAGGUAGAACUGCUCUAUUUAACAUAUGGCGUUAUGUAUGGUCUCGGUGCGAGUCUCGCUUAUACCCCAAGCCUGGUGAUCUUGGGUCAUUACUUCAAAAAAUAUAUGGGACUAGUGAACGGCAUCGUUACGGCAGGCAGUUCCAUAUUCACGACGCUCAUCCCGUACCUGAUAGAGUUUUUGCUACGGCGUUUUGGUCUGGAGGGGACGCUGAGGAGCUUGGCUGUGCUCACGGCUCUCAUCAUGGCUUGCGCGGUACUUUUUAAGCCGAUACCAGUAAACAAACCGCAAGAAGACGAAAGACCGAAAUCCAAGGCAAAGUUACGAAAUUGCAUGAAAGAAAUUGUGAAUGUGUCUAUUUGGAAGCGGAAACGAUACGUCCUAUGGGCCAGUUCUAUUCCUCUUGCUCUUUUUGGAUAUUUUGUCCCGUACGUUCAUAUAGGAAAGUUUGUGGCUAUGACGUUCAAGGAUGCCGAUGGGAAGCUGCCGGUGAUGUGCAUCGGUAUCACUUCCGGCAUCGGUCGCUUGAUUUUCGGUUAUAUCGCCGAUCUACCGAAAGUGAAUAGAAUAUUGUUACAGCAGAUAUCAUUUAUAAGUAUCGGCAUUCUUACGAUGCUUCUUCCGAUCACCAAGUCCUUCGUCGUGCUCCUGAUCAUUUCCCUUGGCAUGGGAUUAUUCGACGGAUGUUUCAUAUCGUUACUCGGUCCUAUCGCGUUUGACAUUUGCGGUCGCAGUGGCGCGACUCAGGCCAUCGGAUUCCUCUUAGGAAUGUGUUCUAUACCUUUGACGGUGGGUCCACCAAUCGCUGGACUCUUGUACGACUACACUGGUUCCUACGAUCUACCUUUCUUCUUAGCCGGCAUUCCUCCGAUAGUAGGAGCAUUAACAAUGUUCUUGAUAAGAUGUGUUAAAGAGGACGACGACAACACGAUGUGCGAUCCUUGCCCGGAGAAUCCUUCGAGUAAAGCGGAUUGCCAGAAUGAAAAAGUGGGAAAUAACGAUUUUGUGUCGAUGUUCAUAACCGAUGUUAAACAAGAAAGUGUGUCAGAAAUUCAAGAUAAAUAUAGGACGUUCUCCAAGAACUCGCAAUUGCUUUGGCGCAAUCAAGAUAUCAAGCAAGCCAAAUUGAAGUAUUGCAUAACGUGCGAAAAUUACAGCAAGUGCAACGUUCAUCACAGGUAUACAGAAAGCGUACCUUUACUCUAUCAAAAGAGAAGUUCGCAAUACCCAAGCACUAGUCUUUUCAAACUGAUAAGGCGAUCGGAUUGUUCGCUGCACGACAAGAACUGCACCGGUUAUUGCAGACUUUCGGAGAGUGCGCCGUUGCUUCACAUAGAGACCAGCGUGUCGUGAUAUCUACUUACAAGCCUCACAAACGAACGAUGCGAUCAUCGAUCGAUGUCUUUCACAUUUUAGGUCUGUUCUUUUCGGCUACAUUGUUACACUGGUGCAAUAUGUUAGAGUGAAACAAAUAUAUUUUAUUUCACUGUAACUUAUUGCAUCAAUGUAACAGUGCAGUUGAAAAGAACAGAUCACUUGACUAGGCGAAACAGAUUUAAUCGCGCUAUUUUAGCACGAUUUAGUUGUGUCAUUAUUUUCAGAUAAUGCUGCGAUAUCAAUCACGUCACGUCCGUUCUUUCUGUUGAUUGAUUAAAUGGAAAUUAGGGAUUAUUUUCUUUUAAUUUAAUGACACAAUUUAUUCGUGUAAGGGAGAAGAACGAUGUGUGAUUUCUCACACAAGUGUAAUUUUAUAUUUAUUAAAGAACGAACACGUAUUGGUUUUGUACAUGCGGUGUCUAUCAUGCCGCUCUUGCGUAGCCUACAAUUCAUAUAAUUAUCAUUGUAAUUUUUUAAUAUAAUUAUAUUUUCCAUGAGAAAAUGUGGUCUACGACAAACUGGUAAAAAAUAAUGUUAAACACGCAGUAAAAAAGAUGUGUGUGUGUGUGUGUGUGUGUGUGUGUGUGUGUGUGUGACUUUAUAUUACAGUGAAGUGAAACAAUGAAGAAUAGUAGUUCAUUUGUUUUUAUAGCUGCCUCGCAACAAUAUUGUCGACAAGUUUAAUCACACAUCAGAAAGAAAGAGCUGAAUAAUUUAAUAAUCAUAUGUUUUGAAAUACAAGUUACUAAGAAAUUAACUUCUCAUGAGACAACUAGUUUAAUAUGAUUGAUAGAAUUAUAAAUUAAAAUCCUGACUAGUAAUAUACGAUGAUUUUUUCGCUUUAAAAUCUCAUAUUAUACAUUUUGAAAAUGAAAAUCAGAUUUAGAAUAGAAAUACAACGUGCGAUGCUGUGGGCGAAUCCAUAGUGGACGAGGACGCAGUGGGCGAGGAACAUGCGUAUGGUUAAGUCCGUCUAACAGGUAGUCUGAUAUUGACUUUAGAAAAUUAAUCCGACGAUACUGAGGAAUUUCGGCCUCGCAUUUUAGAAUGGGUCAAUUACUGUUGUAGCAAUUUUAGCGUGUUCUAUGAUAUGUAGCUAGUUUUGGAAAAACGUACUUACCGCGAAACGGUGAAUUUUUUUCAAUUAUAAAUCCAAGUAGCGAAGUAUCGAAUGUAUACAAGUUCCCACAAUCACCGUAUUACGCGAGUAAAGUAUUAUCUCGUUUAGAAAGUGCCUAGUAGAUUAUAGCAGGACGCUGUCACAAACAACGAUUGUCAAAGUGCUCUAACUUUCGCCGUGAAUCGUGCAGAUUUCCCUCAAAACUGCGAGGAUUGGCCAGUCUUUUAACAAUAAAGUCCUGAAUAUAAAUUUGAAGAAGUAAUCGUUGCUAUAUGAAUUACGUUUUUCCAAAAUCAGUCAGCUCGCGCGAGUGCGAGCGUAACGACAAAUUGUAUAUCAUCGCACGCGCGAAUUUCGAUGAAAUCACUCUUUAGAAAAUAUUAUUUGCGUAACUCAUUUAUUUUCUCUAUCCUCUAUCCUAUAUUUAGCAGCGCUAAAUUACUGAUCAUUGAUAGGCAUGGAGGCGAAGAGAGUUGAAUUUUUCUGAUGUCUCGAUGUUCGCGAUAGCGCAUACACCUUUGUAAUUACAGGGUACAAAUUGUAGCUUAGAUUCGUUAGUUAAAAAUUGAAUGCGAUUAAUGAUGCGAUUAAUUAAGUACAAUUAAUGAUGCACAACAUUUAUCUCAGUAUGACGAUUGUCGAGUAUCGAAAAGGUGAGCGACAAAUGGAUGUAUAUAUCGAGAAAUUAUAUGGGAAGAUUAUAUAGGAAUUUAUUUUUUAAAAAGUUUUUCUCAAGAGAAUCGAUUGAUUCUUGUAUGGUGUCUAUUAUUAAUUGAAAUUUAUCACGUAUCACGCAAAAUGCAAUUGGUGAGCAAGAUGGUGAACAAGAUGGUGAGGAACAAGUUAUUUAAAUUAAAUUUUUUCUAUCACUCAGAAUGAAAAAAAACUUGUAAACAUGUAUUUUGUUAAUCUAAUAAUAUUUUUGUAUCAUUAAGUUAUUGUAUUUCUAUGAUACUUAUUCUACCUUUCAUCAGAAAAAAUCUACUAUGUCUUGUAUGUACAAAUUUUCCAUAAUGCAUAUUAGUAAUGGAAACAGUUAAUAGAUGUAAUCAACGAUUGUUUCCCAAUUACAUUUGUAAUAUGCAAAUAUGAGAUGAAGUAGCAUUUAAUCAACUGUAAAUUUUAUCAGAGCCAAUACCUCAGCUGUACAUAGCAUUUAUAUAUUUCUGUAAUCUUUAAUUAUUAGUUAUAGAAAUUUCAUUGCAAUUGUAUUAUAUGAUUAUUAUGCUAUUGAUUUGCGUUAUGAACAGGGUCUGCAUUUAUAAAAAUUAUUUCAACAAUCAUUUCGAUAUUGCAUGUAGAUAUAAAUAUAUUUUCCAUGGUGAUUUGAAAUAGAAACGAAUUUUGCAGAGAAA